GUCACGCUGGAGGACAAACACUUUCCUUGCUUCUCUGCUCGUCUUUGCUUGCACAUUUGCUCCCUUUCUGGCCCCCCCGGUCCCUCCUGGUCCGGUUCCGCCUGCUCAGGCCGUGCGUGGGCUUUGCUGAAUGAAGGUUAGCGUGGCGGCGGGCUGCUGCACACAUGGAUGCUCACGGAGCAAACAGCAGUACCGUGCCGCCGUGCGUCUGCUGAGUCUGCGAUUCCGCUUCCACGCCGCUUGACUUCCCGCGGAUUGUUCCUCCUAAAGCGGACUGAUUUGAUCUGGAGCAGAAUCUCAUCCUGGUGCCAUCUGAACUUUGAAGAAACCUCCCGUUGGCUCCUCCAUGCCUCAGCGGACGGGUCUCCUCUAGAACUUUCAUCAUGGAGCUUCAGAGCGCCACCGGCACUCUCCCCGGUCCACUUUCACCUGGCCACCUUUCCCCGACUUUGGACUAUGCCGGCCCGCUCUCCCCUUCUUCUUCUGGGGCCCCGGGCCCUUCUCACGGUGCCGCUCGUGGCCCCAGCCCCAUCAGAGGGUCCAGUCCGGGCCCCGGCUUUUCGGGCCAGGCGGCGUUCAACUACAACCAGCUGGAGGGACGCUUCAAACAGCUUCAAGACGAGCGUGAGGCCGUGCAGAAGAAGACCUUCACCAAAUGGGUCAACUCGCACCUGUCCAGAGUCUCCUGUCGGAUCACCGACCUCUACAUGGACCUGAGGGACGGCCGCAUGCUCAUCAAGCUGCUGGAGGUCCUGUCAGGAGAAAGACUGCCCAAACCCACCAAAGGCCGCAUGAGGAUCCACUGUCUGGAGAACGUGGACAAGGCCCUACAGUUCCUGAAGGAGCAGAAGGUCCACCUGGAGAACAUGGGUUCCCACGAUAUCGUGGAUGGAAACCACCGCCUCACCCUGGGCCUCAUCUGGACCAUCAUCCUCCGAUUCCAGAUCCAGGACAUCAGCGUGGAGACGGAGGACAACAAGGAGAAGAAGUCUGCUAAGGAUGCGCUGCUGCUCUGGUGUCAGAUGAAGACUGCAGGAUAUCCAAACGUCAACAUCCACAACUUCUCCACGAGCUGGAGGGACGGCAUGGCCUUCAAUGCGCUCAUCCACAAACACAGACCGGACCUGAUCGACUUUGACAAGCUGAAGAAGUCCAACGCUCACUACAACCUGCAGAAUGCCUUCAACCUGGCCGAGCAACAUCUGGGCCUCACCAAGCUGCUCGACCCCGAGGACAUCAGCGUGGACCACCCUGACGAGAAGUCUAUCAUCACCUACGUGGUCACCUACUACCACUACUUCUCCAAGAUGAAGGCCCUGAAGGUGGAGGGCAAGCGAAUCGGAAAGGUUCUGGACAACGCCAUCGAGACAGAGAAGAUGAUCGAGAAGUACGAGUCUCUGGCGUCGGACCUGCUGGAGUGGAUCGAGCAGACCAUCAUCAUUCUCAACAACAGGAAGUUUGCCAACUCUCUGGUGGGCGUCCAGCAGCAGCUGCAGGCCUUCAACACCUACAGAACCGUGGAGAAGCCGCCAAAGUUCACAGAGAAGGGCAACCUGGAGGUUCUCCUGUUCACCAUUCAGAGUAAGAUGAGAGCCAACAACCAGAAGGUCUACACCCCUCGAGAGGGAAAACUCAUCUCUGAUAUCAACAAGGCGUGGGAGCGUCUGGAGAAGGCGGAGCACGAGCGGGAGCUGGCUCUGAGGACGGAGCUGAUUCGCCAGGAGAAACUGGAGCAGCUCGCCCGACGUUUUGACCGCAAAGCCGCCAUGAGGGAGACGUGGCUGAGUGAGAACCAGCGGCUUGUCUCCCAGGAUAACUUUGGCUUCGACCUCCAGGCCGUGGAGGCGGCCACCAAGAAGCAUGAGGCCAUCGAGACGGACAUUGCCGCCUACGAGGAGCGGGUUCAGGCUGUGGUUUCCGUGGCGAAGGAGCUGGAGGCGGAGAAUUACCACGACAUCAAACGCAUCACGGCGAGGAAGGACAAUGUGAUCCGACUGUGGGAGUACCUGCUGGAGCUGCUGAAGGCCCGCAGACUGAGACUGGAGCAGAACCUGGGCCUGCAGAGGGUCUUCCAGGAGAUGCUCUACAUUAUGGACUGGAUGGACGAGAUGAAGAUGCUGCUGCUGUCGCAGGAUUACGGGAAGCACCUGCUAGGUGUGGAGGACCUGCUGCAGAAACACGCUCUGGUGGAGGCCGACAUCGCCAUCCAGGCUGACAGGGUCCGGAACGUCAACGCCAACGCUCAGAAGUUUGCCACCGACACAGACGGCUAUAAACCCUGCGACCCACAGAUCAUCCGAGACCGGGUGGCUCACCUGGAGUUCUGCUACCAGGAGCUCAGCCAGCUGGCGGCCGAGCGGCGAGCUCGCCUGGAGGAGUCACGCCGCCUCUGGAAGUUCUUCUGGGAGAUGGCUGAAGAGGAGGGUUGGAUCAGGGAGAAGGAGCAGAUCCUGUCCUCAGAGGAUUACGGGAAGGAUCUGACGGGCGCCCUGCGGCUGCUGAGUCAGCACAAGGCUUUCGAGGACGAGAUGACGGGGCGGGCCGCCCACCUGCAGCAGACCAUCAAGCAAGGCGACGAGCUGGUGGCCAACAACCACUUUGGAGCUGACAAAAUUAAAGAACGCAUCCUGGACAUCCAGGAUCAGUGGGCGGCUCUGGAGCGUCUCUCUUCUGUACGCAAAGCUCGCCUGCAGGAGGCGUGCAACCAGCACCAGUUCCAAGCCGACGCGGACGACAUCGAUACGUGGAUGCUGGAUGUGCUGCGCAUCGUCUCCAGCGUGGACGUCGGCCACGACGAGUUCUCCACGCAAGCUCUGGUGAAGAAACACAAAGACGUGGCCGAGGAGAUCGGCAGCUACCGUCCUGUCAUCGACGCCCUGCACGAGCAGUCGCGCACGCUGACGCCCGAGAAGGCCGACUCCCAGGAGGUCCAGAGCCGUCUGGCGGGCAUCGAGGAGCGCUACAAGGAGGUGGCGGAGCUGACGCGCCUCAGGAAGCAGGCGUUGCAGGACGCGCUGGCGUUGUACAAGAUGCUGAGCGAAGCCAACGCCUGCGAGGUGUGGAUCGACGAGAAGGAGCAGUGGCUCAACAGCAUGGACAUCCCUGAGAAGCUGGAGGACCUGGAGGUGGUCCAGCACCGGUUUGAGAGCUUGGAGCCAGAGAUGAACAAUCAGGCCUCCCGGGUUGCCGUAGUCAACCAGGUUGCCAGGCAGCUGAUCCACAGCGGGCACCCCGGUGAGAAGGAAAUCAAGUCCCAGCAGGACAAACUCAACACCAGGUGGAGUCAGUUCCGAGACCUGGUGGACCAGAAGAAGGACAGUCUGAGCUCAGCUCUGGGAGUCCAGAACUAUCACCUGGAGUGUAACGAGACCAAGUCGUGGAUCAAAGAGAAGACCAAGGUGAUCGAGUCCACCCAGGAGCUCGGUAACGACCUGGCCGGCGUCAUGGCUCUGCAGAGGAAGUUGACGGGGAUGGAGCGGGACUUGGCCGCCAUCGAGGACAAGCUGGGCGACCUGGGAAAAGAGGCGGACCGUUUGGCCUCAGAGCACCCGGAGCAGUCGGAGGCCAUCAAGGGACGUCUAGCAGAGAUCACCGGCGUGUGGGAGGAGAUGAAGGACACCAUGAAGAACCGGGAGGAGUCUCUGGGCGAGGCCAGCAAGCUGCAGCAGUUCCUGCGUGAUCUGGACGACUUCCAGUCGUGGCUGUCGAGGACGCAGACGGCCAUCGCUUCCGAGGACAUGCCCAACACGCUGGCCGAGGCGGAGAAGCUGCUGGCCCAACAUGAGGGCAUCAAAAACGAGAUCCGGAACUAUGAGGAGGACUACCAGAAGAUGCGUGAUAUGGGGGAGAUGGUGACGCAGGGCCAGACGGACGCGCAGUACAUGUUCCUACGACAGCGGCUCCAGGCGCUCGACACCGGCUGGAAUGAGCUUCACAAGAUGUGGGAGAACCGACAGAACCUGCUGUCCCAGUCCCACUCCUACCAGCUCUUCUUGAGGGACACCAAGCAGGCCGAGGCCUUCCUCAACAACCAGGAGUACGUCCUGGCCCACACUGAGAUGCCCACCACCCUGGAGGGCGCCGAGGCCGCCAUCAAGAAGCAGGAGGACUUCAUGACCACCAUGGACGCCAACGAGGAGAAGAUCAGCGGCGUGGUGGACACGGGGCGCCGCCUGGUUACCGACGGCAACAUCAAUACUGAACGCAUCCAGGACAAGGUGGACUCCAUCGACCAGCGCCACAAGAAGAACCGAGCCGCCGCCAAUGACCUGCUGAUGAGGCUGAAGGACAACAGAGACCUCCAGAAGUUCCUGCAGGACUGCCAGGAGCUGUCCUUGUGGAUCAACGAGAAGAUGCUGACGGCUCAGGACAUGACGUACGACGAGGCCCGCAACCUUCACAGCAAGUGGCUCAAACACCAGGCCUUCAUGGCCGAGCUGCAGUCCAACAAGGAGUGGCUGGACAAGAUCGAGAAGGACGGGAAGGCGCUGAUGUCGGAGAAACCCGAGACGGAGGCCAUGGUGCGAGAGAAGCUGGCGUCCUUGAAGAAGAUGUGGGAGGAGCUGGAGUCCACCACGCAGACCAAGGCCAAGUGUCUGUUUGACGCCAACAAGGCGGAGCUCUUCACUCAGAGCUGUGCCGACCUGGACAAGUGGCUGGCCAACCUGGACGGGCAGCUGCAGUCUGACGACUACGGCAAAGACCUGACCUCGGUCAACAUCCUGCUCAAGAAACAGCAGAUGUUGGAGAGCCAGGUGGAGGUGCGUCAGAAGGAGGUGGACGAACUGCAAAGUCAGUCGCAGGCGCUCAGUCAGGAAGGCAAAGGCUCGGAGGAGGUGGACGGUCAGAGAAUCAGCGUGGAGAAGAAGUUCAGUGCUCUCCAGGCGCCGCUGCAGAGCAGACGGGACAACCUCAUGGCCUCACGCGAGAUCCACCAGUUCAACCGCGACGUGGAGGACGAGAUUCUGUGGGUGGAGGAGAGGAUGCCUCUGGCCACCUCCACAGACCAUGGACACAACCUUCAGACCGUCCAGCUGCUCAUCAAGAAGAACCAGACCCUGCAAAAGGAGAUCCAGGGCCACCAGCCACGCUACGACGACAUCUUCGAGCGCAGCCAGCACAUCCUGAGGCAGGACCGGCCCACGACGGAGCUCAUCCGCCAGCGUCUGGCCGAGCUGCAGUCGCUGUGGGAGCAGAUACGCAAGGAGACGGAGAAGCGCCACUCCCGCCUCAGCGAGGCCCACGAAGCUCAGCAGUACUACUUUGACGCCGCCGAGGCCGAGGCCUGGAUGAGCGAGCAGGAGCUCUACAUGAUGUCUGAGGAGAAGGCCAAGGAUGAGCAGAGCUCUGUGGCCAUGUUGAAAAAGCAUCAGAUUCUGGAGCAGGCGGUGGAGGACUACGCCGACACCGUCCACCAGCUGUCUAGCACCAGCCGAGGUUUGGUGGCUGCCGAACACCCCGACAGCGAGCGCAUCGGGAUGCGUCAGUCGCAGGUGGAUAAGCUCUACGCCGGCCUGAAGGACCUGGCCGAGGAACGUCGAGGGAAGCUGGAUGAGCGGUUCCGACUCUUCCAGCUCAACAGGGAAGUGGACGACCUGGAGCAGUGGAUCGCAGAGAGGGAGGUGGUGGCCGGAUCACACGAGCUGGGCCAGGACUACGAGCACGUCACCAUGCUGCAGGAGCGCUUCAGAGAAUUCGCCCGCGAUACCGGCAACAUCGGCCAGGAGCGUGUGGACGGAGUCAACCGGCUGGCGGACGAGCUGAUCAACGCCGGCCACGGCGACGCCGCCACCAUCGCCGAGUGGAAGGACGGUCUGAACGAGGCCUGGGCCGACCUGCUGGAGCUCAUCGACACCCGCACGCAGAUCCUGGCCGCCUCCUUUGAGCUGCACAAGUUCUACCACGACGCCAAGGAGAUCCUCGGACGCAUCCUGGAUAAACACAAGAAGCUUCCUGAGGAGUUGGGCCGUGACCAGAACACCGUGGAGACCCUGCAGAGGAUGCACACCACCUUUGAACACGACAUCCAAGCUCUGGGUACACAGGUGCGGCAGCUGCAAGAAGAUGCAGUCCGUCUGCAGUCUGCAUACGCCGGAGAUAAAGCUGAUGACAUCCAGAAGAGAGAAGGAGAGGUUCUGGAGGCCUGGAAGAAUCUUCUAGAGGCAGUGGAGGGUCGCCGUGUGAAGCUGGUGGACACGGGAGACAAAUUCCGUUUCUUCAGCAUGGUGCGAGACCUGAUGUUGUGGAUGGAGGAUGUCAUCCGCCUCAUCGAGGCUCAGGAGAAGCCGCGUGACGUGUCGUCGGUGGAGCUGCUGAUGAACAACCAUCAGGGCAUCAAGGCUGAGAUCGACGCCCGCAAUGACAGCUUCACCGCCUGCAUCGAGCUGGGAAAAGCUCUCCUGGCCAGGAAGCACUACGCGUCUGAGGAGAUUAAAGAAAAGUUGCUGCAGUUGACGGACAAGAGGAAAGAGAUGAUUGACAAGUGGGAGGACCGAUGGGAGUGGCUUAGACUGGUCUUGGAGGUGCACCAGUUCUCACGGGAUGCAGGAGUGGCCGAGGCGUGGCUUCUGGGUCAAGAGUCGUACUUGUCCAGCAGGGAGAUGGGGCAGAGCGUGGACGAUGUGGAGAAGCUCAUCAAACGCCACGAGGCCUUCGAGAAAUCCGCCGCUACCUGGGAGGAACGCUUUGCUGCGCUGGAGAGGUUGACCACGAUGGAAUUAUUGGAAGUGCGACGAAGGCAAGAGGAGGAAGAGAGGAAGAACCAACCGCCCACUGAGGCGCCGCCUUCCAACGGCGCCAUACAGCACAGGGAGGGGGAGCAGCCGAGUCACAACGGCCUGACGUCUGACCACGACUCUCCCAGGGACGCCGAAGGAGGCGAGGUGGUGAACGGCGUGUCGGAGCCCAGCCCCACGGGGUCCCCCGGGGCGUCUCGCAAGGGCAAGGGCGGCCAGGCGGCGACCCUGCCGGCCAAGAGCCAGCAGGAGGGGGCGACCUCGCAGCUGGAAGGCUUCCUUCACCGCAAACACGAGUGGGAGGGGCACAACAAGAAGGCGUCCAGCAGGUCGUGGCACCACGUCUACUGCGUGAUCAAUCAGCAGGAGAUGGGAUUCUACAAGGACCAGAAGAGCGCCAGCCAGGGCAUCCCGUACCACAGCGAGAUCCCUGUCAGCCUCAAGGACGCCGUCUGCGAGGUGGCGCUCGACUACAAGAAGAAGAAACACGUCUUCAAACUCAAAGUCACUGACGGCAACGAGUAUCUCUUCCAAGCCAAAGAUGACGAGGAGAUGAACUCGUGGAUCUCCAUCAUCUCGGCGGCCAUCUUGGGCGAGAAGGCAGAGGUGACGCCCAGCAGCCAUAGCACGCCGGCGCUCGCCGCACGCGCUCAGACGCUGCCGGCCUCCGUGGCCGCGACGGCUGCGGCGGUGCCGGCGGCCGAGUCGAGCCCCGGCAAGCGAGAGAAAGACAAAGAGAAACGCUUCAGUCUGUUCAGCAAGAAGAAAUAGACGCUCCUUUCUCCUUCCUCCUCCUUCCUCCUCCUGCUCCUCCUCCUCCUCCCCUUGGUGCUGAUCGGGCUCGUCCCUCGUUAACGCUCCAUGAUGAAAGGUUGCAUGAGGGCUGUUACCAUAGCAACGCAACACUCGAUUGAAGCGGCUCCAGUAACAACGUUGAUCUCAUGUAACUUUUACACUUUAACCUUUAAACAUCCGGACGCUCCCUCAGCCUCCUUGUCCCUCCUUGUCCCUCCUUGUCCCUUUUUGUCGCUCCUUGUCCUCCUCGACUCCAGCCUGCCAGCUCGAGACAAAACUCUCCACUCUGUGCCUAACGAGAGUCCAGUCCGGCUCAGAGGUCCAGUCCUGGUUCAGUCCGGCCUCAGCGAGCUGAGGGGGUUGCGACGUCGUUCUCCUCUUUUGCACCUCGAGUCGUGUUUCCCCGCUUUAUCCCGUCCCGUCUCUUCUCCUCGUCUCGCCACGCCACGCCCACAGCUUCUGGUCCAAUGCUGCCUUCGGGGGUGGUCGCCUCUCUCCGCUACUUCCUGUUUUGGGCGACGGGGGCGACGGCGAGCUGAGAGCUUUGAGGCGUAUGUACAAGUUGUGUAUAAGAAAUAAUCUCACGUAUUCUUAGUGCUACUAAUCUGCUUGAUGGAGGGAAGAAAGUCCACUAGUAAGAAUGUUCUCUUCCACAUGUAUGCUUGGCCUUCUUUUCUUCUCGUCACUCACGUGGUAGAAGGUCCUAGAACACGACGUUGCUACGGUGGUGGCUUGCUUGUGCAGCACUGCUGUUUCUUUUUGGUUGCUUUUGUAGCUUUCUUGUGUUGGUCCACGUCCAGCUUCUUUGCUUAAAGAGCCUCCGCAUGGAAACUAAACAGCCAAUGAGAGUGAGCCUUUGUUUGGGUGCGUUUGUUUCCCACAACUCCACACUCCUUUUUUUCUCUCUCUCUCUCUCUCUCUCUCUCAGCGAAGCGUAGUGCGCUUUCUCUCUCUCACCGUAACCAUAGUAUCCGCACAAAAUCAACAAAGCCACGACAGGGGUGGGUGGGUGUGACGGGGGAUGUGAGGGUCACUGCUGAUUGGACGUGCACCUGUAGACUCCUCCCUUUCCUCCCCCUCCUCCCCCCUCCUCUCUGUCUGUUACAUUCGUGCAAAAAAACAUUAAAAUGCUUUUAAAACAUUCCCGACUG